AUGAGGUCUGCUCUAGUUUCAGCCAACGGGCAGAGGGAGAUCAUAGAUGAGAGAAACUGUACAAAGGCAGACACUGCGCAGGCUAUCCUUGGCCACUCUGCCUCCGCACCUACGGUGGGGUUUGCUCGGAUUAUGGGAAGGUUCCAGAUACCAGUGGUAAAUAGCUUUGCGACCUGUGCAUGUCUCAGCAACAGAGAGGAGUUUCCAUCCUUCUUCCGAACUAUUCCCAGUGACCUCCACCAGAGCAGAGCCCUGGCAAAGCUGGUCAAGCAUUUCAGCUGGACCUGGGUGGGGGCAAUUAGUAACAAGAAUCAAUAUGGCAUCAACGGGAUCACCACAUUUAUACAAGCUGCACAAGAAGAAGGGGUGUGCAUAGAGUAUUAUCAGGCAUUUGAGCAAACAGGUCCUCUUCAUGAGUUAGCAAAAGUAGUUGAAUCUGAGAAGCACUCUACCUCUAAGGUCAUUGUGGCCUUCAUGUCCCACAGAGAGGUCAAGGUGCUGGCGAGUGAGUUAUUCAGACAGAACAUCACAGGGCUGCAGUGGGUUGGCAGUGACGCCUGGAUCACAGAUGACUCUCUGACUGACAGUGAGGGACACAGCCUCCUGGUGGGCUCACUGGGCUUCACUGUCAGCAAAGCUAAGAUCCCGGGGCUGGAGGAGCACCUGAGGCAGCUUCACCCUUCACAAAAGCCAUGUAGCGGCUUCGAGAGCUUGCAGACUGUUGAAUCGUAUUUUACAGAUGUCUCUGAGCUGAGAUUUACUAAUAAUGUAUACAAGUCAGUUUACGCAGUGGCUCAUGCUCUCCACAGCCUGGUCACGUGUGAAGAGGGGAGGGGCCCCUUCUACAACGGGAGCUGUGCUGAUACUGGAUACAUUCAACCAUGGCAGUCUUCACGGGUGCUGCAUUAUUUACAGAACAUUAACUUCACAACAAAUCAAGGGGAAAGAGUGACUUUUGACCAGAAUAGAGAUUCACCUGCAAGAUAUGAACUCGUAAAUUUACAGCAUGUGACCUCAAGGACCAUGCAUGUCGCCACAGUUGGGGUUUUUGUCCUCCACAUUUCUAUGCACCUGGUGCCCGUGUCAGUGUGCAGUGAGAGCUGCCCCCCGGGAAGACAUAAAGUCCUUCAGAAAAGAAAACACAUAUGCUGUUAUGACUGUAUACCGUGUGCAGAUGGAGAAAUCAGCAAUAUUACAGACUCCAUGGAGUGCUUCAAAUGUCCCAUUGAAUAUUGGCCAAAUACCAGAGGAGACACGUGCAUCUUGAAGGAAAUUGAAUUGUUGUCUUAUGCAGAGAUCAUGGGGAUCGUGUUAACAUUCUUAUGUUUGAUGGGGGCGAUUGUGACAACUGCAAUAGCGUCGGUUUUCUUUCACUUCCGGGAAACUCCUAUUGUCAGGGCCAACAACUCUGAGCUGAGCUUCCUGCUGCUCUUCUCCUUGACUCUGUGUUUCCUGUGUUCUCUGACCUUCAUAGGCCGGCCCACUGAGUGGUCCUGCAUGCUGCGACACACAGCAUUCGGCAUCACCUUUGUCCUCUGUAUCUCUUGUGUUCUGGGGAAAACUAUAGUGGUGUUAAUGGCCUUCAGGGCAUCACUUCCAGGUAGCAAUAUGAUGAAAUGGUUUGGGCCUGCACAGCAGAGACUCAGUGUUCUGUUUUUCACUCUCAUACAGGUUCUUAUUUGCACAUUAUGGCUGACAAUCAACCCUCCAUAUCCAUUCAAAAAUAUGAACCACUAUAAAGAAAAGAUUAUUCUUGAAUGUGCACUGGGAUCAUCUGUAUGGUUCUGGGCUGUGUUUGGAUAUAUAGGUCUACUAGCUGUGUUAUGUUUUGUACUUGCUUUUUUGGCUAGAAAGUUACCAGAUAAUUUCAAUGAAGCUAAAUUCAUCACCUUCAGCAUGCUAAUAUUUUGGUCAGUCUGGAUUGCAUUUAUCCCAGCAUUUGUCAGCUCUCCAGGAAAGUUCACUGUGGCGAUGGAGAUAUUUGCUAUUAUUGGCAGAGGCCGGCGAGGUGUGCCUUUUUAG